AUGCAAAAAAUUACUAACAUUACAUCUGUUCGAUUUAAAUUAGUGAAUAAUCAAAUAAAUGUUGGUAGCAUGAUAAACAGCGUUAAACAUAAGAAGUACACUUUGACACUACCGUUGGAAUUAAUCGCUGUUGAUAAGAAAAAGGCAAAAGAUUUAAUUAACUCAAUGAAAGUAUUUCAUCAAAUAUUGGCUCAAUUAAAAACAGCUAAAGAGAAAAAGAAAUUGUCAAAAAAUUUAGAAUUAAAGUUGAUGAAUGAUAUCGAAGACUGGUCUGACAAAUAUAGCAAUCAAUUUGGUCUUGAUCGAAUCACGCCUUAUGUACAUGUUUUGGGUGCUCACGGCCUUGAGUUUCAUCAAAAAUACGAUGAUUUAACAACAUAUUCACUGGAAGGGGUCAAAAAAAGCAACGAUAUGUUAACAGCAAACUUUUUUCGUGCCACAAACAGGAAAAAUCAAUAUUUUAAGCAAAUGCUACGAAACAAAAUUUUGGCCAAGCUAUUAUUAAUCGACUCGUUGACCCGUCUACAAAUUCUGAACGAAUGGAAACAAAGACCACAAACGUUAGUUAACAUUGAUGAUGAUGCAAGCACAGAUAGCGAAUACAAUAGUGAUCAAGACGAAAUCAUUCAUGAACAAGACGAGAGUGACAGUGCACAAAACGACUCAAAGGUAGUGGAGAGUCUGGAAGAAGAGACGGAUCCAGAGAUUGAGAAAGAACAACCCGAAAAUGUGGAGGACGAUCAAGAAUGUUCAUUCAAGAGUGAUGAAAAAGAUAUAUAUUACUGUUCGAAAAGCGAUUUGUUUCAGGACGCUGGUGGGCAAGAAAUGGAACAAAUAAUACCAUCUAGUGCCACUGAAGAUCGAUCAACGUACCAUCCCUACGUAGAGAAAUUUGAAGAAGAUUUCAUCUCAGCAAGAUGCGGAGAAACAAUUGCACAGUGGAAAGAAAAUUUCUCUCAUCCUGGAAAAUAUGAUGUUCAAGACUGCAACGUUAUUGAUCCCAUCACAAAUAAAUCAGAAAAAAUAUAUACAUUGAGAGCUCUUACUGCACAUCAUGGUGCCGUCAAUUAUCAUUUACUACACAAACAAGCGAAAAAUAAUCAAAUCACUUCUGGACACUUUACGCCGCUAAUCAGGUUAGAUAACGAUUAUUUUGAAUACGACGAUAUAAGUGGACAAUUAAACAAAUUUAAAACCAGUCAACGUGGAAUUUUAUAUGAAUCAGCUGUCUACUCGUUAUAG